AUGAUAGUGUUUAUUUGGAUAACAUUGUCAUUCACGCUCAUGGGCUACAUCUUCUGCAUGAUUUUGAGAAAGCCUACUGUAAAAAUGCUUAUCUUCAGCAAAGAGUAUUUAAGGCCGAAAAAGCAUGUGCAUGAACCAACAGAUGCUUACUUCGAUCACACAAAGGUUACUAUUGGAAGUAGAUCGAACGAAGCUCUACAAUCGAUAUUUGACUUACUACUUAAAGAAUACAUCGAAUUUUGGUACAGGCCGUUCACUUCAAACCCAGAUUUUAUGGUGCAGUUGAAAAUGUUUUUACAAUAUGCUUGUGCUGUAAUUGUCCAAAGAGUUAAAGAUAUCGAUCUCUCGGAGUUUAUUAUUAACCGGUUUAUACCACAUUUCUUCGACCAUAUUGUACAUAUUUUAUCACUUACUUGUUCUGAUAAGUUAAAUACUACCGGUGUUGGUGACAUACACGAUGAAACCCGGACCAUGUUAAAGGAAAAUCAUUUUCGUAAAAGUCCGUUGAAAUCCUGUUCCGAAGAAGCUGUUUUGUGUGCUUUUGGAGAUCGAUUACAUGCAGCUCUGUAUUCAAGACAAGCUGAAGUAAUGUAUUUACGUGCAGUGGUCAACCGGUUAUUACCAGUUCUCGGCAUGCCGCCCAGUCUUUCAUCAUCAGAAAUGCAUAAAUCAAAAGAGCCUUCUGUUGAUCACGGUCAUCGCCUUCGACGUAAUCGAGUUAUGCACAACUCUCCUGGACAUGUAUAUGGUAGUUCAGAACGUGGUCGUAAAUCACCUGUUGUUUCGCGGAGUGCUUCAACUAGUGCGUUAUUUUUUCAGAAGUUUAUGGAACUGGGUUGUAAUCCAUCAUUGUCUAGUUUUUUAAUAGAAAUACUAUCUACUUGUGUUUUAUUGCCUGCUAUGGACAUUUUAGCUAAUUCUGAUUUUGUCAAUUAUUUGAUUCUGCUAUGUUUUCCUGAGUGUACACCUAUUGAAUCAUUAAUAAAACAUGAUUGUAAACAUGUUCCAUUAUUGGAAGCAUAUAUUCACGACUGGGAGAGAUGGUUAUCUAAAAAGCAAUCAACAGUUCUACAUAUUGAGAAGUUAUUAAAUCAACAAGAUGAACUUUAUCCAUUUAUGCAAUAUAUGAAAUCUGUUAAAUCUAUUGAACCUUUAACAAUUUUAUUGUUAAUGUAUCAAAUUAAUUCACGUGUCUUCAAAUCUAUGCCAUCAUCAGAUGCUUGUCAUGAAAUUAGUGCACAAUUACAUCAUAUAUUAAGUAUAUUAAAUGGUCAACUGUUUCAUGAUAAUAACAAUAUGGAUAAUGUUGACAUUGAUCUGCAUCAUCAUCAUCAUCAGCAGCAGCAGCAUCAGGAACAGGAGCCUCAACAUCAGCAUCAUCAUUCUAUUUAUCAAAUAUCUAAAAUGAUUACACAUAAUCAAUCUACAAUAAAUGGUAGACAUUUAAAAUUUUUCAAUGUAUCUAAUGAAUUUGAAGAAUUAUUAAAAGUUUGUUUAAAAUAUUGUACACCGGAGACAAUUAAUCAACUUGUUAAUACAACACAAUGGAAAGAAACCUAUCAGUCAGUUUGUAAGGCAGUUGAACUACGAUUUAUACCAAUGUAUUUGGAAAGCCCGGAGUAUAUAAAAUAUUUAUUUGGUUUUUCACAUUUUUCAACUUCAGUAUCAUCGUUAAAUAAAAUUGGAGUCAGGUCUCCAAAACGCGAUAUUCGACGUUUAUCACAAAAUGUAGGAACAAAUCAACAACAAACUGGUCUAUUUGGAAAUGCUUUAAUGAAUGUAUUUAGUAGUCAAUCUACUGAUGGACAAUUUUUCGGAAAUCUGGACUCAUCCAAACUUUCAAUUUCAUCAAUGCGUCGUAGUCAAAAAGAUCGAUUUGGUAAUAUUCUCAAUGAACAAACUAAUCGAUCUAAUCGACAUUAUACUAAUAUUGGGACUACUACUUCUUUCAACGAAGAAUUACUUACAAAUCAACAUGUCAUCGGUAUAAAACAUUUACCGGAAACAACACAACAAUUAGAUUUAUCUCAAUGUAAUGUAUAUAUACGUGGUUUAUCACGUCCUGAAGUUGUAUCUCAAUCGAAUAAUCGUCAUCCUUUAGGUUUAAUCAGUACAUCCACCAUUAACCCCCUUGUAUUAUCAUCAUCAACAACAACAACAACACUUGGGCUAACUAAUUUACAUUCUAAUCAAACUAGUCACUUACCAGCAUCAAUGAAUAGGAAUAUUUUAUCGAAUAAUAUCAAUAAUAAUAAUAAUCCUAUGACAACUCCAAUUACAUCAUCUACAACAGCAGUACGUGAUAUAAGUUAUCGAAAUAAAAUAUCAAAUGAAUUAAAUAAUUUAAUUAAUCCAUCUAUAUAUAAUAAUUCAUUAAUUUCAUCAUCUUUACCACAACUUUCAACACAGUUUAUGUUCAAUGUUGUUACUGAGAUUGUUAUCAAUGGAAUACGUAAACAAGUGGCUAAAGUAACAAGAAAAUAUUCUGAAUUUUAUGUACUUGAACAAAAAUUAAUUGAAUUUCAUGGUAUAUUAAUAAGUAAACAAUUACCAAAACGUCAAUUAACUCCACGUACAAUGGAAUUUCUUGAAAGUAAAUGUGAUAUAUUUCAAAGUUAUUUACAGUAUUUAAUUGCUCAACCAUUUCUUCGGAAUAGUAAGUUAUUAUACAGCUUUCUUACAUCAAAUGAACCAUUCAAUACAAAUAUAUUUGAAUUGAAUUUAGGACGUUUAGUGAAAUCGGUUCCGUUAAAAUUAACCAAAGAGAAGGGUCAAUUCUUAGACAAUUUCUUAUCGGCUUAUUUCUUAUCAUGUCAUCCACAACCUAUAAAAAAUGAUACUAAUGAUUUGGAAAUGAUAAAAUUGAAAUCUUUAUCAGUUCAUUCUACAAAUGAAAUGGGUAUUUGCUCGACUUCUUUUAAUCCAUUAUUCAAUACUACUAAUAAUCAUAUAAGUAAUAGUAAUAACAUGAUUAGUGAUACUACUUUUCAUUUUUCAACAACUUCAUCCAUCAAUGUAUUACAGGAUAGAAAUCUUAUACAUAAAUCAACUUAUAAUAAUAUUAAAAUGGAUACAUAUCCUGUAGAGAAACAUAUUGAUUAUUAUAGUCGUUAUGUAUUAAAUUCACCGCAACAUAAACAUCAAAGUCGUACAAGUUUAGAUCAUCGUUUACGUUCACGUAUCUAUUGGAAUAAUGCUGGAUUAACGUAUGAAAAACAAAAGGAUACAAUAAAUCAGUCAUCUAAAUUAUCAACAGUUCAUUUAACAAGUUUAUCUGAAAUUAUUUUAUAUUUUUUGAAUAAAAUUAUUACAUUAUUAUCAACAUCAUCUAUUUUAAAUGAUAAGAAAUUCUCUAUUCAUUCUAAUCAUUCAAAAUUAUCAUCUAAUGUUGAAAUGAUGAUAUCAUCCUCAUCAACAUCAUCAACAUCAGCAGCAUCAUCAACAACUACAACAACAGCAGCAGCAUCAUCAUCUUCAUCUUCAUCUGUUCAAAUAAUGAAUUCAUUACAAGAAAUUAAUAUAGAUAAUAUAAAAUCAUCAAUUGAUCCUUGGGAUAUUACUAAUCCAUGUUGGAAUGAAGCAUUUUUAAAUGGUCCAUCUUUAUCAAAUGUAAUGACUCCUCCUCCUCCUCCUCCUCCUCCUCCUCCUCCUCCUACUACUACUACUACUACUACUACUACUACUACUACUAAUAAUAAUAAUAAUAAUAAUAAUAAUAAUAAUAAUAAUAAUUGUUCAAGAAGUCAUCAGUCGUCGUCGCCGCCGUCAUCAUCAUCAUCUUCUACAUCUUCUAAAACGAAUCUAGAUCCUAUUCAAUCAUCGACUAGUAUAAAUUCACAUUAUUUACCAAUAAUAUCUAUCAGUUUCAAUGAUCUAUAUUAUGCUAUUUAUGAUUUAUAUUUAUUUAUUAUAAAACAAUGUCAAUUUUAUUUCUAUUAUUUUAUAUAUAAAAUAAUUAUUAUUUUAUUGAUUUAUUAUAAAUCAUCUAUUAAUUAUUGGUUAAUGAAUUAUUUUAUAACAUCAAUAUAUCAAAUAUUUUCUGAUGAUAAUUUAGCUGAAAUAUUAAAUAAUAUUAAAACAAGUAUAUUCUUUCAUUCUUCUAAAAAAAUUGAUAUGGAUAAGUCAGAACGUAAAGAAAAAGCACGUAUUGCCAUUGAAAAAGCAAUUCUAAAUAUAACUGGUCUUUCAUAUUUCACUGAUUUACAAUUAAUACAUGAUCAAAUCAAUCAAAUCUUUGAUUGUUUUCAAUAUUCUAAAUGGAAUAAACAAUUAACUUAUAUAUUAUUAGAUCAAUUCCUUUUAGAAUUAUUUCCGGAACUUCAUUUAAAUAAUACAAAUAAUAAUAAUGAUGAUGAUAAUAAUAAUAAUAAUACUACUACUAAUAGUAGUGCUACUACUACUCAUACUACUAGUGCUACUACUAAUAAUAGUAAUAUAGAUGCUUAGAGUAUGAAUUAUCUUCUCAUGAUUAUUAUCUUAUAGAAUACAUAUAUGAAAUAUUAUUGUACAGAAAUUAUAUUUGUGUAAAAUCCUUUUUGUUUACUUUGGGAUUAUUAUUAUUAUUAUUAUGUUAUUGUUUUUAAGUGAAUUGUCACACACACACACACACACAGAGAUAUGUACCACUCACCCACCCCACUCCACCCCCACCUCUACACCCACCCAUAUAUACUUACAUGCAUUCAUAUACAGAUAAACAAUUGUAUACAAAUUUAUGAAUCGUCAUAUUAUGCAAGAGUUAUAUUUAUCAUUUGAAUUACAUUCUUUUUUUUUAUUGUACUUUACUGUAUACUGUUUUGUUGUUGUUGUUGUUGUUGCUGUCGCUGUUGCUGGUGGUCUUAUAAAUCAGUUGCUUGUUUCAUUCAUUUGUUGUAAUAAAGAAAGAAAGAAAGAAAACAAUUGUAUCCUUACAGAGUUAUAUUAUUAUUAUUAUUAUUAUUAU